CGUGUGGCAACCAUCGAACGAGAAAUACCAACACACUGAAGUUCCAAAUAUAAACUUGUUGUGAGAAUUUUUUUGUUCGUUUGGUUUCAUUUCAUUUCCUAAUUAAAUAUUGCGUAUAUAUGAAUAAAAAGAAACAAUAUCGAAGUUUUGUUUCAAUUUUCGAGAGAACAUUUUUGGAAUAUUCGUAGGAGAAUUUCUUGCAUUUGGAAAUGUUGUGCCAGCUAUUAUUUUGACGUAAUUAAAACGGAGAGUAUACACAAUUUUUUCAUUUACGAUAGUUCGUUCGACCUGUUUUUUCUUGUAUAAAUACACACAAGAAUGUCGUUGAGUAAGUCCAGCGCGAGUGACGACGCAAACAAAUGCAGCGUUAAGACGGAAGACUCGACGUCAGCUGCGUCGAAAUCUUCAAUUAAUCUGGUCGUUCGUAAUUAUCAAAACUCGGAUGAAAACUUGCGAGCUCUCUUCGAUAGCGUCUUGAAUCCAAGCGAAUCAAAUCGCCCAUUACAAGUGCCUUUCCGCAUGCGCAAAUUGCCAAACUCGUUCUUUACUCCGCCCGCUGCCAGUCCGAAGUCUCCAACAGUGUCACACUCGCGAGCUAAUAGUGUCGACUCCGCCUAUGAUUGUGGUUCUCAGCCCAAUAUCAAUCAGACUUCGGUGGCAUCUUCCCUCUCAGAUUUACAGACAACGGCCGCAACGGCUGUACAAGUGCAGCAACAGUCCACAUCGACAAUUAAUUCGCAAUCCGCUGCUUCAACUUCGGCUGCACCUCAAGGCGAACCACGUUUACAAAUUUGCCAUUCGCGUGCCCACAGUAGCCCAGCUUCCCUUCAGCAAUCUUAUAACAUACACGGCGGAGGCAAUGUGGCAGAAGAAACACCAUUUUUGCAGCAACAGAGUGAUGUGGCUCGAGCAGCAAACAAUGCGUCGAACGCUCCUGGCUUCCCCAGCAACUUGUUGGGGUACAACGCGGCAACUGCUGCAGUAGCAGCGGCAGCAGGUCUUAACAACAAUAGUAUAAUCGGGAUAUCUGGGGCUGGAGCCCCGGGUCCCCUGCAAUCCUACCACAUGAAACAGCGUUCGUACGACGUCAUAAGUCCGAUACAAUUGCAAAAUGAAUUGGGCCCCCUACCACCCGGAUGGGAGCAGGCAAAGACCCAUGAUGGUCAAAUUUAUUAUCUAAAUCAUACAACAAAAACGACGCAAUGGGAAGAUCCAAGAACACAAUUUAAACAACAACAGACAUUGAAUUCUGCUUCCAAUGCAAGGGCUAUAGGUAAGACCGCAGCUGGAGAAAAUAUCUUGGCUUCAAGUAAUCUGGGCCCAUUACCAGAAGGGUGGGAGCAGGCAAUGACGGAAACUGGAGAAGUUUAUUUUAUCAAUCAUAUUGACCGUACAACAUCGUGGAAUGAUCCACGACUUAGUGACCCAAGAUUUCCGAUUUUAAUUCAAAAAGAAAUUAAGCCCAAGACGGAGAUGAGUUGGGUCAAUGCAACAGAAAUUGACAAAGAUUCCGACAUGUUCAAACAGAAGGCGGGACAGAAAUCAGUGAAUAAACACAACAUCAGUUUACAUAUGGAUCCUUUCUUAUCUGGCGACAACCACGCUCGACAGGAAUCGAGUGACAGUGGAUUGAGCCUUUCAUCUAAUUCAUUUGCCGUAAAUAACGACUUUAUAACUCAUAUGGAUAAUAGUAUGGACUGUAUAAGCGAAAAUGGCAGCAUAAUAGAUAAUUUGGACACGACCUUACAGCUUAAUGACAAUAUCAUUAUGAUGAACGAUAUGCUCAACUCACCAUCGAAUAAGCCCGAUAAUUUGGAAUGGUAUAAAUUAAAUUAAUUUAUUUGUUACAGCCGCGACCAUAAACUUAUCUAUACACAUAUGUAUAUAUAUUAUAUGUAGCGGGGGAAAUUCAAUAUUUGUAUGUUCAUUAAAAAUGCUAAAGUAAAAGUAUUUCCAUUUUUCAUAGAUUUAUUAUAAUUUUUUGCAAGCAAAAAAUUUAAACAAUCAAAUUAUAAAUAUCAAGAUUUAUAUAUUUUUCGCAAUACUGCAAUAACUUACAUUUACACGACAGCUUAAAUAAAGAAAAUUGUAUUUUCUAUAAAACUAAA